AAAGAUGGCAGUCAAAUCAACUAUAAUUCAGAUUACUUCUGAGAACUGAAACCAAAAUCACAUGAUUCAGAAUUCACAUUAAAUAUUCUAGUACAUGAUAUAUAACCUAAUAUACCAGUACAUACAAUCUGAAAAUCAUGGCAGAAAAAGUAGAAAAGGACAAAAAGACGGAUGAAGAUGUGAAAGACAGAUUUCUAACUUGUGCAAUAUGCCUAGAUGUCUACAAAUCACCCAAGAUUCUCCCUUGCGUACAUACAUUCUGUGAGAAAUGUCUAGACAACCAUAUUGCUAAACACAAGAAGCCAGAUGAGGCCCCAGAAGAGGUGGAGUUUCCGUGCCCGAUUUGUUACCAACCAAUGAAGAUGAAUGCAGUGACAUCUGCUGGCUCAACAUUCAAUCAUUUCAUGUUCAGUUUGGUGGACUAUUUUGUCUCUGGGGCUGACAGAGAGAAAGGUCUUAAUUGCGAAAGAUGUAAAGAAAAUGGGGAUACAGGAGAAGGAACCAAUCGUUGUGUGGAUUGUGAUCUGGUCAUGUGUGACCCUUGCUGCCAAACUCACAACAGUUUCAAGGUCAUGAAAGGUCACAUCACCUUGAAAAUCAGUGAUUUUGCCGACCCAUCAAACAGGCGAUUGGUCCAAAGCCGUACAAUCUACUGCGAGCAGCACACCAGCGAGCCACUGAAAUUCUACUGCCAAACUUGCAAGGAGCUCUUCUGUAGGGAUUGCUUCCCAACCAAACACCGAUCACAUGAAAGUGUUGAAAUCAAAGAUGCUGCUGAAACUGUGACACAGCAGAUAGAUCAAGUUGUCGCAUCUGGCAAAGAGAAACUGGAUGUUAUAAUGCUGGCUAUGAUUGCUCAUAACUCCUACGAGAAAAAGCUGGAAGAACAAGUUGACAACUGCAAAUCAGCGAUCUCUAAACUGCAAAAGUCAAUCCAUGAUUUAGCUGAUAAUGUUGCCAAAAACCUACUUCAGCAGUUAGACACCAUACAUGGUCCAGAGAAAAAGAACAUUGAUGCCCACACAGAUCUCCUCCAACAUAAAGAACUAGGGGUGAACACAUCCAUAGAAUUCCUGACAAAGCUCAAUAAAGAAGGCCAUAAUGUUGAAAUCAUUAAGAUGGAGAGGGAAAUCAAGAAGUUGCAAGAUGACUGGGACAAGAUGGAUGAAAACUGUCUACACUUGCAACAGAAGCUGCGAGUGGAUUAUGAUAUACUUCAACCAACGUUGGAAGAUACACUGAAAGUUAAUAAAAUAACCUCACAAUGGAAAUCUUUUAAACCAAAAGUACAACAAAUAGAAAUUGAAGACACCGAUUUAGAUUGGUCUCCAAAACUUAAUUUUGAACCCUUUCCCAUUAUUGAAAGUAAGAAUGAGGCUGAUGCUUCACUCAUAUCUGAAGAUGCAGCCUUUAUGCCCCUUGAAUAUGUGAAUGUUUCUAGCGACAGGGAACUUGCCUCUGAUAACAGAAAAU